AUGAAUGGAUCCUUUUUCAACCAGACUCUCCUAGAGCAGGGAGCUUACCCCAACAGGACCCAGGGCUUGGGGAUGCUCAUGGCCUGCUGCAACGGGACCGGCUCGGUGCUGGCGACGGACGGCGGCUCCUCGGUCCUGGCACCCGACGAGAGGAGCCUUUACAUCACACGGGUGGUGCAGAUCGCUGUCCUCUGUGUCCUCUCCUUGACUGUGAUGUUUGGCAUUUUCUUUUUGGGCUGCAACUUGCUCAUCAAGUCGGAGAGCAUGAUUAACUUUCUGGUGAAGGACCGAAGCCCUUCCAAGGAUGUGGGAGCUGCAAUCAUGGGACUUUACUGAAGCCACCAGGCUUUUGUAGGCAAGUGAACUGUCUGGACCUGAUGCUGAGAUGCAGAUUCCCAUGUGUUUGGGGCAGCUGGGGGGGAGUGGAAAGGGAGGGAGGGGUCUUUUGAUAUGUCUGUGUCCAUGGGAAAGCAAACCUGCGCUUCCCAGUCAACAAACUCUGUCGUGGUGAAUGGGGAAAUCUCCCCAGAGUUGUAUGAAGUGCAAUAAAUGACCAGCACCAUGUUGCAUGCAGAAAUGGCUUAAGUUUUGCAUGAAACUUGCAGAAACAGUGAUAAUGUGCAGAUCUGGACUCUUUUCUGCUGUUACCUUGGAUACCACUACCUGGGAUUUAGGGCUAAAAAAA